AUGCCUCCCAAAGAGGUUGUUCCGUCUGGCUCAGCUGGUACUGCUACUGAUCAGGUGGAGUCUAAUACGCCAUGGAGCUACGUGAGGCUUCCUGGUCUAACCGACUGGAUCGAUGUGGCCUUGACGCCGCUUUCCAGGCCAUCUGGGGGCUUUGCUGACCAGCAAACGGCACAUUCGGGCAGUCAUCUACCAUUCGACAAAAUCCUCUCGUCAGAGCAAAAGCGCUAUCUUCUCACUCUCUUUGAUACGCAUUACGCUCCAUGGCUUAAUCUGCCCUGGGAAAGCACUCACGAAGACGAAUUCCUGGAUAUCGUUCGCUGCACGAUAGCCUGUAGACAUAUGGAACCUUUGACACGGUCUAUAGUGUCCCCCAGCUUGAAUAAAUUAUCCGAGGCUGCCAUGAUGCGUCAUGUGUUUGAUCCCUCACCGUCGCUUUCAACCAUCCUUGCUUUCAUGAUCUUAUCACUAUGGUCACCAUUGCAAGGUUCUUCACCAAUCCCGGCCAAGGUUCACGACAACCGCCUUAUUGCUGCUGCUGCAGUCAAUAUGUGUAAUUCCUUGAGAUUGGAUCAAGCGGCCGUCGAGGUUUUCAACAUCGCUUCUCGCAAAAGAAGCGGAGAAGACAUAUCAACCACCGAUAUGGCUACAGUCGAUGCUUUGAGAGAGAAGGCACUCAUCCGGCUCUUUGAGGUCACGGAACACGGCCUUCGCCUCAAGAUGUCAAAAGUGGACGAAGCAGAACGAUACUAUGAAGAUAUAGCAGAGAUCGUUUUUCGCUUCGACGGUCUCCACAGGAUUUUCAAACCACUGCCUGUCAUCUCAGACCGCGAAAAUUUCCAAUUCCACAUCAUGGUUGUCUAUUAUUAUUUCUGUCGACUACUGUUCCUCACACACACACUUCACCAAGCUCACGGAGCUCUUAUCAUCAAUCAGAAUAGCAAUUACCCUCCAGACCUCCGAAAACAGGGUUCGAACUUCGUUCUUACCAGCGCGCGCGAUGCUAUGUUGUCGGCAGAGUCUCUGCUGACAGCUGUUCUCGCUGUCCCGGAGAAGACGAUGCUAGCGACAGUACCCGACUCAGUUUUCAGCAUGAUUUCCUCAGCCGCAGCAUAUAUCGUCGUAAUGAAGAUUUUCAUGUUACAGAUCCGAGGAGUCCGUUACUUGCCGGGAUUCAGUGACAACCUUCUUUCUCGCAUCAUCGAUCUCCUGACACAGGUGUCAUUAUCCCCUGAUCACGAGGCCCUGAAGUGCGCUCAUAUGGUUGCGAGCUUUUUAGAAGCCUGGGAGAAGAAACUUGGCGUUGACGCCCCCAGUAUGGAGACCACAGCAGCUGCCAGAACCGCCCCCGGCGAUGCGGUACCUGCGUCUAUAUCAAAUCCACUUCCCUCGACUGUCACUGCGGUCGAAUCUGCUGGAGUCUCGCUUUCCGAUUUUCAGCAAACACAGGAGAUCUUUCAAGGAUUCGAUGGCUUCGAAUACUUACUACAAGACUACAACACUCAAGCCGUAUUUGGUCAGGAUCUGUGGCAGUAUUUCACGGAAAACGACCCCAUAUUGCCCAAUCAUCAGUGA